ACAUGGUCCUGGGUGCUGUUUACGUUGUUGAUUGCGUGCCAAGACGAGACACCGCGAUUGGAUCGUUUUUUAUUUAAUCAAUAGUCGCUGUGAGGUAUUUUUGGAAGCAAUUAAAGGGGACACCAAUCCGGCAGUUUUAAAUAAAAACGCACCGUACGUGUGGUCUCCCUGCGCUCAUUCAUCAUCCCUUUUGUCUCGUGAUGCGCGCUCAGGCACGACGACACGCACGUCCGUGACACACAACCUGACACCGACACUAAAAAACGUCUCCAACAUGGUGAAAGCAGCGGGCAUGAGCUUUUAAUCGAUACCGAUCAGCUGCUGGAUCACCAUCUCCAGACGAUUAGAGAGGUGCGUGCCAAACAGGGGGCUCUCGCGUCCUCUGCGCGCUCUGGCUUCACACAAACGAUCCGAGUGCGUGCGGUAGGCGGAACCCGAACGAUCUCCACAUCCCACUUUGGAGGAAAGAUUACGAGGACAAUUUGGUGGGAGACACAUGACAUUAGGGCAGCCGGGAGGGAAGGCGGUCGGACGUAGUGCGGGAGAAGAGGCAGGACAGCAAGCCGAGAUCUGUGUGGAGAUAUUUGGAGUUUGGAGGAGGACGCUGCUACUUCUCUGAUCCCAGGAAGAAAAUAAAGGCGUCACUCUCGGAGCACUCAGCAGACGUUCAAACGGUCUCAGACAUUUACACAUUUCAGCAGACAGGUUAUUACCCACCAGAGCAGAUAUGAGUGAAGACAAACCAGCCGAGACCGUGGAAAGUACCCCAGCCGAGGCGAACGCUAUUCCUAACGGGAAAGGCCACGAACCUGGGGAGGAGAUCACAGCAUCGGCCAAAACACCACCUGCAGAGGACGGGGGAAAGGAAACUGUAGCCAAUAGUGCCCAGAAUGCUAGUCCUCACAGAACUGAAAAUGCAGAGGCCAACCUCCCAGAGAGCCAGGAGUUCUUAUCAGGCGCAGAGGACAAGAAGACGACACGCUUUACAGACUUUGAAGGAAAAACCUCAUUCGGGAUGUCUGUCUUCAAUUUGGGCAAUGCAAUCAUGGGGAGUGGAAUUCUGGGACUUGCCUAUGCCAUGGCCAACACAGGGGUCAUCCUGUUUUUGGUACUCCUCACAGUGGUAGCCGGGCUUUCAUCAUAUUCCAUCCACUUGCUGCUAAAGUGUUCUGGUAUUGUAGGUAUUCGUGCGUAUGAGCAGCUCGGCUACAGGGCCUUCGGCACCCCGGGGAAGAUGGCUGCAGGUAUUGCCAUCACGCUGCAGAACAUUGGAGCCAUGUCCAGUUACCUUUACAUAGUCAAGUAUGAGUUCCCUUUGGUCAUCCAGGCGUUUCUGAGGGUGGACAAGCCUGCAGGUGAAUGGUACAUGAAUGGAAACUACCUUGUGAUCAUUGUAUCGGUUGCAGUAAUAUUACCACUGGCUCUCAUGAAACAGCUCGGAUACCUGGGAUACACCAGUGGCUUUUCACUGAGCUGCAUGGUUUUCUUCCUCAUUUCUGUCAUCUACAAGAAGUUCAACACUCCUUGUCCAUUUGUGGACUUCGCACACAACAGCACUGCCAGUGUGAUGAACGUCACAGACCCUGGUGGGGAGGACAAUCCUGCCUGUAUCCCCAAAAUGGCCAACCUCAACUCACAAACGGCCUACACCAUCCCCAUCCUGGCGUUCGCCUUUGUGUGCCACCCCGAGGUCCUCCCCAUCUACACAGAGCUGCGCAAUGCCACCAAGAAAAAGAUGCAGCAUGUGGCCAACAUCUCCAUUGCAGUUAUGUACGGCAUGUACUUCCUGGCUGCUCUUUUUGGAUACCUAACUUUCUAUGGCGAGGUGGAAGCUGAGCUGCUCCACACCUACAGCCGCAUUGAUCCGUAUGACACUUUGAUUUUGUGUGUGCGUGUGGCCGUGCUCACUGCCGUCACACUCACUGUACCGAUUGUACUCUUUCCUGUACGGCGAGCGAUCCAGCAGAUGAUGUUUCCCAACAAGACCUUCUACUGGCCUCGCCACAUCGCCAUCGCCUUCGUUCUGCUCACUUUCAUCAACCUGCUGGUCAUCUUUGCCCCCAACAUCCUGGGCAUCUUUGGGGUCAUUGGUGCCACGUCUGCCCCUUGUCUCAUCUUUAUCUUCCCCGCUGUCUUUUACAUUCGUAUUGUACCCAAAGAAGAAGAGCCGCUGCGCUCGACCCCCAAAAUCCUGGCUGCCUGUUUCGCUGGGAUUGGCUUCCUGUUCAUGAUAAUGAGCCUCAGCUUUAUCAUCAUUGACUGGACAUCAGGCACCAGUAAAGCCAGCAGUGGUCACUAGACAUCAUCUUCCAUUUUUUUUCAGGUUUUAUAUUGUUGAUUUAGAUCUGUGUUGUAAUUUUACUGUUUUUGCUUUGAAUCACGUUUGAUGUUGAAGAUGCCCUAUCUUUUUCCAGUGGAGAAUAUUGGCCCCGGAGUGUUGAGUUGAGGAAGUCUCUCUUUUUUUCCUCGUCUGCAAACACUCUCACUCUGAUGAGGUUAUGUUGUACUGUACAUCCUGCCAAACAGCGACUGCAGAUCGAGGCCAGUAAACUUUCUUGGGAAGCUGAUAGUGAAUUUGAUGAGAGGCCGGGUGCAUAAAGAUUGAUGGGUACGCUUGGAGGCUGUGCCUUGUGAGAAGGAUGUCCAAAAAAUAACAGAGAGGCAACAAUGUAGAGAGCUGCUGUCUUUAUAUACCUGUUGGUUUUGAGCAUCUGCCUCCUUUUGCUUUCCAUGUUGAUCUAAACAGCUACUUAGAUUGUAUCCCACAAUCUGAGCCGCCUCCCUUUUAACUGUUGAAUGAAAUUUAUUGAUAGAUGAUUCUUUUAUGAUUUUUAUGCCUAUCAUUGUUAUUAUUAUUAUUUCUUAUCUAAGUUAUUGGAAUAACUACAUAUUUUCCAUUAUGUGCAACAACAGAGGAACAUAACAGUAAUAGCUGCUGCACAGAUGGAAGGACACGAUUAAAGGAACGGUUCAGCAUUUUUGGACUUUGCUUUCUAGAUGAAAAACUGAGAGCACAUUCAUGUCUGCACAGUAUAAAUGUAGCUACAGCUAGUUAGUUUAGCGUGGCAUUAAAACAAAAUUGAACUGUUCCUUUAUGGUGUGCUUCCUUUAGCUGCUCCUCCACUAACUUGUGCUGCUGCUGUUUAUUUCAUAUUUCAGAGGUGUUAACACUCUCACAAUUGACAGAUCAGGGUGUGAAACCACAAAAUAUGUGGCACAGUGAGCACAUUAAACAUAACAUUCCUACACGAUAUGAUCUAGAUGUAUAUUUUUUAUUAUUAAUCUCUACUUGAUGACAACCUCCGAUGAUGCGCUGAUGGAAUGAUCGUCAGUUAAUGCUAACUGAGGCAAUAAAAUAUCAGAGAGGCAGGUUUAAACGGGAACAUUUUAAAUGGUUCUUGGGUGUCCAGAUUACACUCUAUGUAAAAGUAUGCCUAUAUUGUGCAAAGAGUCUUGCUUUUUUUUCAGUAUUACUGUGUAAAUGACAGUUAUAAAUGGUACUGAAGACCUCAUUCGUUGGAUUGUACAGAUCUGAAAGAGAAGUGAAAUGAAGAACAGUGUUUCCUCUCAUUGAGCAGAGAUGAAUAUUUACCUGAAAGAUUUGAUGCGUUGUUUCUGAGCAUUUACUGGAAGUAAUCAGAGAUAACCAAAACAUAUGUAUAAAACAACAACAACAGGGUCACUUCACAAAGUGGUUAGUCACAGUUUGGCGUCUGUAAAUAUUUCUGUCUCCAGCACAAGAUUGAUUCCUAACAGAAAUGACAGACGUGGGAUGUCUAUCUUUUAACAAUCUUGAAAAAGUCGGCAGUUAGCAAUAGCACUUUCCUUUAAUAAGCACAACUUCUUGUAGCCAUUAAUAAGGUGAAAAGCAAACAGGACAUAUUUGAUAUAUGUGAUUUAAGGGCACGUCCCUUUGUAUGACUAAAUCUUUACUCAAUCUAAUGUAGUUGAUGAAUUAGUAGCGUAUCGAUGGUUGUCAAACACUGCUUGAAAUUGUAACAUUAAAGCUCCUGUAAGCCCCCUGUGAUCAUUAUUUCCCUCCUCUGGUCUGUUCUUUUGAAACACGACGACUAACUAAUUGGAUGUACUGUCGGAGGUUUUUUAAGUGUCUGUGUUGUUUAAAAAAGAAAACAUGGCUCCCACUGUAUUUGAACUAUUAUACCUAUAUGCAUUUUGUUGUGUCGUUUAACCUGAACCCUGAUCAGAAUUCAAGUGUCGGUCUUUUCCCAUUAUAGAUAGAUUGACUGUUGUUUUGCACUUCAUGUUCAGUGUUUAUCCGGAUGUAUCAGUUCAAUCUGAUUCAGUGAUAAAAUGCAAGAUGAUUGUUUUUUUCUUACAUUUGUCUUUUCUAGUCAGUGGUAUAUCAUGAGUGGUGUUGGUGGAUCAUGUCUGACUUCCACUGCUGCUUCUUGGCAGACAGUAACCUACUAACUUGGAGUUGUCAGUGAGCUGGUGUAUUUGCCUGCAUUUCAUUAUUUUUAAUGAUAAAUCCUUUUACACCAGACUACUUUAAGUGCUGUAUGGGUAACUGAUUAUGUGGUGGUGUCUAUUUGUUACACAUCAAACCUCUUUUAAUCCAUUUUCAUUCGAUUAUAUCUAGAUAUUUGGUUGUCUUUAUGUAUCUGUAAGCAGGGGAAUCAUCUGAAUCAGCCACUGGGGCAUAACUUAGUGUUUGAUGUUGUUUAACCAAUGCAGUGGUUAUAUUUAUCCCAGGCUUCUUCUUCUUCUUCUUAGUUUGACCCUAUUUUUUUGUCUGCAUCGAGCCAUUAAGUUAUAUAAAAAGAGUCUCAUAAACAGUUUGUAAAUGUUGCACACAUGCAAAACCUCACAACAUGCAAAAAAAGAAAAACAAACACAGCAACAACAUGAGGGGGAUACACUAUGUUAGUGGCUGACAUAAGAUGAUCUCUGAGAACCUCUAUAUAGUGUCGUUAGUCUCCCUCUUUGUGUGAUUUAUGGAAAUGUGUAUGAUUGAAUAGUAACAUAUUAAAUAUUGACAUCAGCCAGCAUUUAUAAAUAAUGUAUAUAAAUGUAUACCCUUUAUAUUCUAUAUUCAUAUCUAGUUUGUAUAAUGUAAAUAGCAAUUAAAGUUUUAGUCCAAUUAAAAAUAUAAUAAAUGUAAUCAUUUUCAAAGUGCUUUUAAACCUUUUUGUCCUUCAAUUCAUGUCUAUUUUCUUGUAUCUCUAUAUAUUUUAAUAUGUUGCUGGCAGUUAUUGUACUGUAAACAAUGUUGCAAUAAAGAUAAUGGGGUAACAUGA